AUGGUGUUCCCCCAAGUUCCGAAAGAUCCUCCCAAAGACCAACAUGCUGCGUCUUCUCAUCCACGUCCAGCUCGUUAUGUUCAGCAGCCCCAACAACAGCAACAAGUACAGCCACAGGUUUCAAGCUUUUUUCACUUGAAUAACUUAUUAUUUUUGAAGAUAAAAAAAUGAACUUUUGAAAUUUGGAAAAAUGUGCCGAAGUCUUGUCGUUUGAUCUUUUUUUUCGGAAUUUGAAAUGAAGCUGUGUGUUGUUGUGUCGCUUUUGCAUACUAGUGAACGAGCGCUUGCGCUUUCCCUAAUCUCUUCUGUUGAGGGCAAUGAUUAAGCGUGUCGAAAUGCUGAUUUAUUAGAAUUUCAAAAAUUUCUUCUGGCUGAACUUUUGUUAUUUUAUUUUUCUUUGCUACGUGCAUCGAUUGUCGUUCUUUUUCAUUUCGGCGCUUUGCUUUUACAUUAAAAACUAUUGGAUAUUCCUCUUGCAAGACUAUAUUUUUUUCAAACGCAGCAAAGAAGAUUUUGAACCAGAAAAAUGCCUCAACUGUUUUUUCUAACUGUUAUUUUGUAACUAUAAAAAGUUUUUCUUCUUAUUCUAUCGGAAUAGGGAAAAAAAAGAGAAUUCUUAUGACAGAUAUAUCAAAAGGAAUAAUUCCUUUUUCAAAUUUUUAUUGCAAAAAAAAUUACUUAAAAAAAAUUUUUUUAUAUUAGGUCAAUUGUCUAACGUUAUUUUUUUAUUAUAAAAAAAGAUUAAUGCGAAAAAAAUCGCGAAUUUUUUUGUGAAUCAUCUGAAAAAAAUUUUAACUCAGGUGAUGAUAGCGCCGCCACUCGUCGUGCAACAUUAUGCACAGAAUCUACACACAGAAAUGCAACUUGGAAUCGCGCCUCCCGCCUCUGGGGGUGGCUUCUUCGCAUCCGUAAGAAGUUUCACUUUUUUGAAGGCUCAAGUAGUUUUUAACAUAGAAAUUCUGAAUUCUUUAAUCCAAAAUGUGCUUUUCACAGAACUCAAGGACUUUCGAAUUUGCGUAUCCAUUACCCUUCACUUCCUUUCUCAUUUCUCCCACCCUCAGAAAUAUUGUCUUAUUGUGUUAGUUCAGACUCGUUGCGUCAAUUACGGCAAAUCUCAUUACAAUCUGUUCAAUUCGCAGCCUCGGUCUUGAGAAAAGUGCUCUGUUAUGUUUUUCAAGCUUUUAUAGAAAACACUCAUGAGUCCUUUAAAAAAUAUUUUUGGGUUUGAAGUUUUUGUGUGGUUAUUCAACCUAGCGCCCCCAAAUCAUGAUUCUUCAACUAUUUGGAGGUAAUUUCACCCAUGAAUAAUUAUGAAGGCUAAGCUGAAAUUUGCCUCUUUUGCAAAUGCGCCCAUGAUCUGGCUCAAUAGCAAAGGAAUUGAAGACCUAGGCUGAGAUCUCAACCAAAGGGCGUCCUUGUGGAAGGAAAUUUAAUGCCACUAUACCUACAAGGUUCUUUUACCUUCCUUCUUGCUCGUCCGUCUUCGAAUUGCUUUUCUCACCUAACUCAAAAGCAAAAAUUUUUUUAUUUUUAUUUUUGGCUGUUUCAGACAAAUGUUUUUCUGACAAGGCAAGUUUUUCAAGUACAGUUUCUUCCUGUAAGAAAAUAUCCCAAUUUGGAUGUAAUUUUUCAUAUAUUUGAAGAUACCCUAGGAUCCGUUUUUUAUAAAGGUAGACUUCCUGUUAAACCUCUGGCUGAGAGAUAGUGACAAAUUCUUGAAAGUUGCCAACAGGUGUUUGCCGAUGGAAAGAUUCGGUUGAUGUAUUAGGUGUCUCGGCAGAGCCCUAGUGCAAAAAGAAAAAAACACAUGGCUGCUGAUUCCCGUUCUAUUUUCUUGAUCUUUCCAUACGCUUUCAAAUUUUCUUAUUUUCUGCGCAAUCAAUCCGUCAUUAUUGAGUUUUGAAGUUAACCUUAAUGUCCACAGAAAAAUUUGAGCAAAAAGGGAACCGAAUGAAAAACAGAUUUGAAAAAAAAGUUUUCGUACUCGAGAAGUCCUCGAAGAACUUAGAGAAGACCAAGAAAAAAAAAACCGAACGUUUAUUACUUUUUUACGAUUGUUUCACGCGCAGUGAAUUUUCAGGGCUUAUUUCGAACGCGUCAACCCGCUAGGCCUCGAGCCUUUUCCAUGCUUCCGUUGACCACAUCGGCCAGUCAGGAAGAAAUCGGAAAUCAAGAACGGGUCCGUUUUAUGUGAUUUAGUUUGCUUGUAUGCUUAUCAAGCUUACUAGAAAAAGCAAAAAGUUACCGCUCAACGUCUGUAGAAGUCAUGCGGUUCUAUUUUUUUCAUAAACUAGGAAUUAAAUUCUUAAUCUCAUUUUUUUCUGUGAUGUUAUCUCAGUUUUUCACCCCAAUAAAUCUGAAAUGUCUUUGUUUUGAGCUUCACACAGCUCAAAAUAAUGUUAGUGUUUGAUAAAAACCAAACUUUUCAGGUUCCCCUUCUCAACACAAGAAGGAAAUUGUCGUCUAACAGGGGAUACCGGCAAAGAUAUUACCCUUUGUCACAAGAAGAUACGAUAGAACUUUUGCUGUUACUCAAUCAAGGUAAACUAACAAUUUUUCUCAUUCCAAUUUUUUUUUCAUUUUUGUGUUCUUCUUAAAUUUGAACUUUGUCACUUCGGCAGGACUGAAACUUUCUCUCUUUUAAGGGAAAAAAAUUGAAAAUUCGGUGAGCCUACUUAGACUUUUUUUUUAGUUAAUUACAACUCCUCUUGCUUCUGUGUUGUAUUUUCAUGCAUUCCGAUCUAUUUUUCUUUGGACAUGUCAAACUCCUUUUUUUCCUCACCAUAUUCACUUACAAACGCUAUGGGUUCCGCGUAAAAGCUGCAAAACAAAAAGGCAGGAAGUUGUUCUGAAUGUUGUAGCCGACGGGUAGUUUAUGCUAAACUUGCCGCUGCCUUAUGUUUACGAGAGAUUUCUGAAGCGGAACACAACACCAUCAUGGAUCUAACUGAUUCCAGUGAAAAUAGAGUCUUCAAUUUGACGCCUGAGACGAAUUAAACCUUACAAGGACGUUUCAUAUGCAGACAUUUUUGACUAUAUAUCAAUUAUUCACUCGCCUCAGGUUACUGAAUAGAAAAGAAGGUCUUGAAAUAAAACGAGGCGAACUUUAAUUUUUGAAUCCCAAAAACAGGAUUACUGAGUAAAAAAGCCCUUCCUUGAAAGGCUAGGAAAAUGGGGACCGCGAAACGCAAAACAGCCCAAUAAUGCCUAAUCGGCCAAGUGGGCCUUCAACAAAGGAGUGAAGAUUCUCGAGCAGGACAUCUUCAAACAUGCUUCUGCUUUUUUUAAACCCUUUUGUUUUGUUCCCAAACCACCCUCCUGAAAUUCUGUGAAGAUUGAUAUACUUCGAAAAGCGUGCCUUUUUACGAAAAAAUUUCUCAUUCUUUCUUACAGGUGGAGUUUUUUUUUAACGUGAUAUUAAAAAUUUUAAAUUUCCAUCUUUUUAUUUGAUUGUUUUUGAACUGUCAAUAUAGUAUUGAAAAGCUCACGUUUUAUCAUCAAAAACAAUGUAAUCAUUGAAAAUUCACUUGCAUCCUUUUUUCUUGUAUCGACGUUUUUAAUGUUGUUUUCUGCUUUUGAGCAUAAUACUAUGUAUCUAAAUACAUGAUUCUCAGUGGCUUAUUAAUUGACGAGAGCAAAGGACAGAAUCCCCCGACCGCAGGAACAUGUCUGUGUUUAUCGUCAAUGACUCCAACAUUGGGCGCAAAGCGACGCGCUGUAGCUGCUCAAAACGCUACUCGCGGAUGUACCUCGACGGAAUGCCCAAGCUACAAAAUAACCGCCGCCGAUACUCAACCCUUCUGACAGUCUCCGACCUUGUUCGCGCAGGUUACUAG